AUGUACGAGAAGGGGUAUUCACACAAAAUUACAAAUAACGUGCUAUCAGAACUAAGCAAUCGAGCACAACAACUCACAUACCUUACCAAGUCCUCAGCAUCUUCAGCAUCAACAUCUUCAGCAUCUUCAUCACCAAAUAAAAACUAUGCAGACCAAGUCACCAGAAGAAGAAACAAACGAUAUAGUGGAAUCCACAUGACCAAGUUCAAACAAAUGGACUCUAUAAACCUGCAUUACUCAGUACAUAAAACCCCAUCUCCACAGAAACAACAGAAUGAGAAAGAAGAUGCAAACACAACAAUGAUGUCGUCAACAAAGAGAAGGAGAACGCUCAAUGCAAAUAACGAGAUUGUUGCCAUCCCAAUGCUACACACAAUGGCAGAAUCUUUUUCGUACACAGAUCAAGAAAAUCGAUUGGAAUUUUCAAGAAAAGUAUCACCCAACAAGAUCUCACCAAGUAAAGGCUCCUUCAAUUUACACUCAAUGUUGAGACAAACAACUGAAGAUGGCUCCCCCAAUAAGGAAAAUAUCGCACCUCCAACAUUACCACCAAACAUGAAAAACAAACCCAAACUUAAUAAACGACCUAGCUCGUUGCAAUUAGCCGGAGUGAUUCCCCAUUCAACUCUGCAAGAGCAAUCUUCGCCUAUCAAGGCAAAACCACCAAGCUUAAGCCAAUACAGUACACUCUCUAAAAAGCCUUCCAUCCCACAAUUGCAAAAGAAAACAUCGAUCCCACAAUUACAAAAGAAACCCGGAUUUCCUACACUACAGCGCAAACUGUCAAUUCCACAAUUAAAUAAAAAACCACUGAUUUCGCAAAUAUCUUCAAAAGAUGAUUCCUAUAAUAACAAUAACAAUAAGUCUAUGGUUUCUCCAGCUCAAUUUCAAUUCCAAACCCAAAUACUGUCCAAUACAAACACCAACACCAACACCAACUUGCAUUAUUCAAAAUUUGGUUCCAAACCAUCGAUUUCACACUCUGAUCAUACCUCGCAUAAAGUAGCUAAUAAUCUACCAGCUCCACUGGGCUCAAUGAACCCACCGACUUUGUAUCAAAAGAUUACACCGUCUUCAAAUACCGCAUCCACCCAACCAGGAUUAGCCAGGAUCAGCCCUUCCAAAUCAUUUUCAACAUUCAAGCUGACCAGCUCAACAAAGCAACGUUUUGCUAGUAGUGAAAUACCGAGAAACUCUAGCACAAGAUCUAUGCAUACACCCAUUGCUGGCGGUGAGUGCCGCAGCAUUAGCAGUGGAGCUAGUCUAGUAUCAUCAACUAAUGGCUCCUGUGCUAACCAUCAACAACCUGCAAUGACCAAGUCAAAAUCAGUAACAAUACCACAACCAUUCUCAUUGUACUACAAACCUACGGUAUCGUCAUCACAAAAAUCACUAAAUAAAUUCCAGAGAUUUAAAGAACGGUUCAAUUGA